GGGGGGGGCGUGGGGGGUGGGCAGUUUGGUUGUGCAGUGCAGUCAAUCGGAUUUAGUGUAAGUGAAAAUGGGUGAUUGAUGAAAGGCGGAGAGAAAGGAAUGCGAAAGGCUAAAGAGAGGCACUUGCCGUUUUCCGCUAAGAGCAGCAAACCUGGGGGUGGUUGACUUGACCUGCCUUGAAAGAGGGCAAUUUGCCUGCCAGGCGGCCUGGUAGGUGGCUGCAGGGUGCGCAUCUCCAAGCUCAGGACGAGAACCAGGUUGGGUUGGGGUGAUUGGGGUGGUUUGGCUGGGCACUGGCUGCUGGGACUGCUAUUACCGCCGCUGUCACUUGUCUUUUUCUAUACCGGGGAACCUGGGGGACGGAUGGGUUGGGGGCGAUCUGUUGGAACGGGGAGGCAUCCUGGAGGAUGGGCUCCUCACCAAGAGGGCACUACCCGGCGGUACUGCACGAAAUGAGAUGCCAGCUUCCCAGAUGAAGACAAGGCCGGGGCCUUAUCAGAGCGUCUGAUUUGUGGUGGUUUCCAGAGUUGUGCUAAUCUAGUGGUGGUGCAAUUUCUCUUGUGCUUUGCUUAGCGCAGGCCUGCGGGCUUCUCGUCGUCAGUGGCCGUCCAAAAUGCAAGAAUGAGGAAUACUAUGUAAAUGCACCAGCAAUUGCCUGUUGGUUGGUGCAGUGGGUGAGUGGGACGGGAGAUGCAGCCCUUAUGGUGUCGCUUGUGACGAGAAUGGAUCAUUCCUAUGACCAGCAGCCAGCGGCACUACACUUUGUCACAAAGCCAACAUCUCAAUCAAGAAGUCCACCCCACGGGGAAAGACGGGAAUGUGCCGUCAACGUGCCCAUCUGAAGCUUGUGGACUGUCCAUCCAUCCAGUCGGCUCCAAUAGACUACUUGUUGCUCGACCAGCGACAGCUAGACCCGGGUGAAAACCGACGGACCCCAACAGAAUGGUCGUGGAAGGUUAGCCGCGCAAGCAGUCGUCGUCUAGUUUCUUUCAGGACUGAAUGGUCCGGAUAUCAUGCCCCCCACGCUCCACGGGCUUCGUCUUCGUCUUGGCCGCCAUUUUCCGCUCGAAACCAGAACAUGGCUGCUGGAUGCAUGCAUCGCAAACGCCUGAGGGUCCAUGAUGACGACUGUCCCGCUCAAUGACGGAGCUUGAGGUUUGCCAUUCUGUAUCGUAAUCCGGGUAACAGUUGAUAUGUUGAAGGCGACUUGCCUCGACUCAUGGCAGACGCAAGUGACGAUUCGAGGCAUGUACCUCGCUGCGAUAUCCGAUCAUCCAGUCUGUCUGCAACCCGGCAACGCCCAGAAGAAGAAGACGGGGUUCCUUUGGCAAGCCGCGAAAUUCGACGGAAGACCACUUCGGAUGGCAGGAUCGCGAAUAUGUGACGUGCAACCCCGAUUAUCUCCCUGAUCAACGUGUGGGAAAUCGGGCAGUGUGGCCCGCUACACAAAGAAGUCAAAACCGUACAACCAAAUCAAUGCGAGGUUGCGGCGUUGCCACUUCUUUCGUGAAUGCACGGGCCAGCCGUGCUCACAGUCAACCCAGCCCAUCCUGACCGCGCUAAUAAGUUCGCCGCAGAAAAACGUCCAACCCUUUUCCCAACAUCGCCUCAUUUCGAGUUCGACCGCUGACAUCCCCGUGCAACAACCGCGCACUUGCUGGAAUUUUGACCACAGCUAGCCCUUACAUCUACCCAGAUGGCCGAUCAUAACGGAUCCCGUAUCGCCAUCCGAUUUGGUGCCUCAAGUUCAAACGCUCCCAAGAACGCUCCUAAGAACGCUCCCAAGAAUGCAUCGCGCCCCACACCAACGACUGCCCUAGGCAAGCGGUCACGAGGUGGUUUCGACAAUGAUUCCGAUGGCGACGAAUCCGAAGAAGAGAGACAUGAAUCCAUCACUCACUUCGGCGCCAACGGGGCUGAGAAUGACGAUGACGACCAAGAACGAAAUCGCCGGGACCGCUCCUCGCCUGGUGGACGACGCCGCAGGAGUCGAAGCAGAAACUCUGUAGAGCGAGCAAGCCGUCCGGAUCCACCUCGGUCCAACCAGGAUCACGUUGAAGAGGAGGAGCCGUUGCAGUACGGGCUCGUCCUUUCGAAAAAGCCCAACAGGGACGCCGCAAAGGACGACGCCGACAAGGACGACGCCGACAUGCCUGCCGUGCCCAAGGAUGCCGACGAGGAGGCCAUUGCAGCACUGAUGGACGCAGGGGGUAAGCGCGCUUCACAUCGCACAGAAGAUGAAGCCUAUCGAGACGCCGCAGCCGAUGCACCCGAGGUGGACGACGAGGCUACGUACGAUGCAUUCCCCGUCGAGGGCUUCGGUGAGGCGCUACUAAAGGGGCAGGGCUGGGACGGCAAAAUGCGAGGUCCGAAAGCAAAGGAGGUCAAGAAGCGCCCCAACGGCAUCGGCCUGGGGGCCAAGAAGAUGACGGUAGAAGAGGACCUCGGCGGCUGGGACAGCAAGGGGAAGCCCUCCGGGAAACGACCCCGGCUUGAUGAAUAUCGAAGCGAGAAGGACAAGGAGCGCAGCAGGCGGGAAGACAGGCACCGCGACAGCUACAAGAACGAACGAGACCGUGACCGAGACCGGGACCGGGACAGGGACAGGGACCGUCCCAGGGACAGACACCGCGACCGCGACCGGGACCGGGAUCGCGAUCACUACCGACACCGCGACAGAGACAACCGACGAUGAGGCUGCGGUAAAUUUUUGGCAUGCAUCAAUGGGGGCGCAUCGGCUAGACGGACUGUUUUUGAGACAAAUCAUGACCACAAAUCACCAAUACUCCUUCUGAGACAGCCUCCUCCAGCAAACACCAUCUGCCCUCGACUCGGAGAUACUGACGCCCAUUGAGCUCCGGGUCAAAAAGCUUCAAGCCGGCCGGCUGGUGCCGAACUUUGAUCCCGCCCAUUUAGGUUGGCCGCGGUCAGAUCAAGCAUCACGUUUGCACCCAAGCCAGAGCGCUCUCUCUCAUUCAAGGCAAGUCUGGAAGUCCGUUCCAUUUCAUUUCAUGACACUACGGUCUUAUGUUACGUCUUGCCGUAGGCCUCUCCUACGUGACCUUGAAAACUCACUUCAAGCUACUGGGUUUCUUGUUGGUGGCUUGAGUAGUCGUCCAGGCUAAAAUGCCCCCAAAAGACAAAGAGUCGCAUGCUUGAAGCCUGUUGGAUGCUGGGAGCGAUGUCACAUCGUGUCAUGAUCUUCACUUUCUGUGACGCGGAACUUUUAGUACCACUGAGAUACAUGCCUGCUUGCCUUCUAGGAAGGGAUGCUGGGCGAGCAUCACCAGACAACGUCUUUGCGAGCUCGAAGCUGCAGAUCCAAGCGCCGAACAACGGUCGUUGCUCAUCCGUGGACAUCGACGGUAUUCUCCCUGACCAUGCUACCCUGCACUCCCUUUUCCGUGAUUUCACCUAUACUCGCUUCGCUCAUCUCUGGCGCUAGAAAACCGACAGAUUCGAGUCGGAGAUACACCGUGAUGGAGUGAAUCUGCAUAUUCCCCUCCAUGGGGCACGUUGUCUACUGUCCACGGCCCUUACGCUGGUGGCAGCUAUUGCCUAUCCAUCGCGGAACGGAAGCUUCCAACACUAUUGAAUCAAUAAUUCGAUUUGGCCGCGACGACGACAGUCACAGCCCGAACUUUCUUUUGCUAUUUGCUUUUGCCGGGGCUCUUCCGCAGGAUGUGGUGGUCGUGGUCGGCGAUAGUGCCGGGCAAAGCUAGGGUUUCGUUCUGCAUGGUGAUGGAGCUUGAAGUUGCCCUUAUUUUAGAGUGUUCUUCCAGAACACCCACUAGCAUCGAUCAAUUCAGUAAUGUUGGUCUGUUGGCUCAGCGCACGGCCUAGACGUGCGUCUAGGCGAGGUCCACCUUGCUUCGCGUCUCGAGAAGCAGACCGACUGGGAAUUCUCGUCCAUCUGCAUGUUGAAUGCCGCAAUAAGGAGUAUGUUCAUCGGGGAAGCAGCCGCCUGCUUGUCGCUACAUCCUCACUGCUUUUGUUUCAAUGAGUAUACGGGGC